UUCAAUGAUUUGGACUUUUUGUGCUCUAAUAUUGCAAAUACACAUUUUAUUAAAUAUUGCUUUUGAAAAAGUUUCGCUGGCUGAAUUAUUCCCUGAAAGAAAUACACUUAUUUGUGCAACUGGUUUAUUCUUUUUGGGAUCUUUGCUUUUCAAUGCUUUUGCUGAUCAAUUUUUGGAUAUUGAAAUUUCUAAAGGUUAUCUCAACUUUAUCAACUCUUUAAAUGAUUUUAUACAAGAACAUGGAUUUCAACCUUUAUUUUCUUCAAGUUCACGCUCUCCCUUAUUAUUUCUAGUCUGUUUGGCGUUAAUUUUUUCAAUAAUUUUGAGCGCUUUUUUCUUUCCUUUGUUGCAAUAUACGUCUCUAUAUUUUGAUUUUUUUGAAGAUGAGGAUGAGGAGAGAGGAUUUAAGAAUAUUUUUGUGAGGUGUAUGCUUCAUUUUUCUUUUUUGGCACCAGUUGGAGUUUUGCUUCUAUUCUUGCGUCCAAUUGUUGAACAAAUUUUGGAAAUUCAAUUUAUCACUCAUGAACAAUUAAAAUCUCUUCGACUUUUGGCUUUGUUUAUAACCUUAUUUGCAAGAAUUUAUUCUUCACGAAUUUGUCUACAAACUUUUUUGGAUAAACCCAAAAAAGUUUUGAUUGAAUAUUCUUUCAAAAAUUUAAAAGAAGAGGAAAAACAGAGAAAGGUAGCCAAUUAUGCCUCAUAUGCUUGUACUGCUGCUUUACAACAUUAUAUGCCUAUUGCUAUUAUUUUAUCAAUUGGAUUUAUUUUGAAGAAUUUAGCUGAUGUUUCAUUUUCUUCUCUUUUGUAUCAAUCAACAACCACUACAUCCUCAACAACAACAAAUACAUUAUUGGAUAAAAAAUUUAUUUUAUUAAAUAUUUUAUUUUCAAAAGAAUUUCACGAGCCUUUAUGGACGUUAGCUUUAACAACUUUAAUUUGUGGACAAUGUUUGAUUUGUCUGUUUGGUGUUAUUAUGAGGAAAACUAGUAGAGGAAGAUAG